CUGGCCCCCUGGACCGGAACUGCGACAUCACAAAAAACAUUUCAAAGUAGUUUCACUUUCCCAACGUCACUGGGAAGAGGAAGGGGGGAACCAUUUGUGGGCAGAUCCUCAGGAGAAGAUAUGCCAAUAUAUACCAGGAUAUACACCGGACUCAAUCUCCACACCUGGAAUCCCCACAGACUGUUUACCUGUCAGAUCUUCUGUCUCACAUCUGGCUCGUUGAGUCCCUCCGUGAUGGACCCACUGGACUUGCUGGAGCCGGAGGAGCUGCUGCGCUUCUUCCACUGUAACAAAACAGUGAUGUCCUCCAUGGAGAACCCGCACACGUUCCUCCGCCAACUGUGGGACCACGACCUGAUCCCGGAGGACAAGUACAAGAGAGUGAGUCGCAUGAAGAAAAAAGAAAACCUGAGGAAAGCCCUGUAUGACGUGCUGGACUGGGUUGAGCAGAAGCGAUCCCAGCACAUCCACCGGUUCUGGAGUUAUGUUUUUGAAGACCACAUCCUGAAGGUCUACCCAACCCUGAUACGGCUGCGUAACAGCCUCAUGGACGGAUCUUUCAAGAAGGCAGAGACAGACAAAAGGAAAAGGAAGGAGCGCUCUGAAGUUGAGGGGGAAGAGGAGGAGCAGGGGAGCUCAGUGAAAAAGAAGAGGAAGCUGUUAAGGGGGAGCAUGUGCGAGGAUGAUGAUGAGGAGCAGCAGCCUGGUCCUUCCUCUCAGCUGCCUCCACGUCGGAAGAAAAAGUCAGAGAAAAUCAAUUCUAAUAUGAAGAAAGGAAAGAAAAGGCACAUUUUGACUUUGCCACCAAAGACUCGGAUUCCUGUGACCUGUGGAUCCCAGGAGGGGAUUCUGAGCAGGGAGCUCCUGGCGAAAGGGGAGAAGUGCAUUAUGUUCCAGAAACAGUGGUGUACUCCCAGCAGAUUUGAGAAGUUAGCAGGGAAGGAAAGCUCAAGGAACUGGAAGUUGAGCAUUAAGUGUAUGGGUUCCCCCCUGGGAAGACUUAUAAAGGAAGGGCACCUGAAAUCAGCAACAUUCAAAAGACGCCAUAAAACGGAUUCAAGUCAGGCCAACAGAUCCCAAUGUCCAUCUGAUGGUUCAACCACAGUGUCUGAGGAAGACGAAGAGGAUGAUGAUGAUGAUGAUGAUGAUGAUGAUGAUGAUGAUGAUGAUGAUGAAGAUGAUGGUGAAAAUGAGUAUGAGGAGGAUGAUCUGGACAACCAAGAGGACCUGGUUCCUUGUAGCAACAAAGAGAAUUCUACGGACGCCACAGAUGAAGAUGAAGCGACUGAGAACCAGACGCAGCCAGAAGUGGGCAAAGUCUUUAAAGUGACAUUUGAAGGUGAAGCUGGGACUUUACACCAAAAACGAUUUGCAUCAGGGAAACGUGGAAAGUGUAUUCGAACAGAGAGGAGCUGGUUGACCCCCAUAGAGUUUUUAAAGAAGGCUAGUCAGAAGAAAUGCUGGAAGAGAGACAUCGUGUGUGAAGGAAAACCACUCUCUGCUCUCAUAGAGGCGAAGGUCUUGAAGAUCCACCCCCUGCUGUGUGAGUGCAGUCUGUGCAAACCAAAUCAAACAGAUCUGGAGGACCAGAAGAACGACGAUGAGUGCUGUGUGUGUAAAAGAGAGCGAGACCUGGUGAUGUGUGAUUCUUGCCCUUUUUCCUUCCACCAGAAAUGUCACCUCCCACAUGUAGAUGACAACCUUUUGGGGGACGGCAGACCGUGGAUCUGUACGUUCUGUGUAACCACUCUGGACUGGAGGUACGGUGAUAAGCUGAAUAGGACAGCCCUCACCCACCAGAUCUCAGAACACAUACUGAAAUGUCAGUAUCUCCUCCUGCGUCUGCUCAGUGCUGAUGACCAACAAACCUUUGCUUCAGACCCACGCCUCUACUUGGAAAGUUACUCCACGUAUGUCCAGACUCCGAUGUGGAUCAGAAAAGUAGCAGAGAAACUCCAGGAGAAAGAAUACGGAACGGUUGGAGAUUUUGUGUCUGACGUCAAACUCAUAUUCACAAACUGGGCCUCGUACAACCAGGCUAACCCUGAACUCCUCACCCUGGGGGACAGACUGCAGCAGUUAUUUCACAUAGAGUUCAAAGUCAUGUUUAUCGAUGAACAGAGCGCUGACUGAUGAGCAGGGUCACAUUUUCAAACUCGGUACUCAGUGGGAAAAAAAGGCUUAAAAGUUACAGAGAUGCUAGUUUACUUGGAUUGUGUGACUUUUUUUUUCAGUGUAUUAAUUAAAAUAACUCAGGUGUCCAACUUUAUCCAACUUAACUGGAGAAAACAUUUUGAAGUGUAGUUUGUAUUUUUUAUCAGUGUAAUUGAAGUUUUAGCAAACCCACUGUUCAGGUUAUACCACUACUUGUGAAGAGUGGUUAUUAUGGGAUACUUCUGACCAUGUGACAACUCAAUUCAGUACUUUUUACCCUUUCAGAUUCACUGUAAUAACCAAUGUUUUAAUAUUUAAACUUAGUGACUUCUCCUAAUACACUAUAAAUAUAUGUAUUUUAAAAUGUAUUUUCUCCAAAGCAUUUGCAUCAUGCAAGUAUUAUACAAAUAUAUAAUAUGUCUAUUUAUUUUAUUUGUGCACAUCUGAUAUGAUGUAGUGUUGGAAUUUUAAAAUCUGUGUUUGUCUGUGUGUGUGUGUGUGUGUGUGAAGAUGGAAAUAGAACUGAACUCCUAACAAAUGCAGGAGGGUGGGGGCAGGAGCAGUUUGGGCCAGAUGCACGGCCUUCAGACAAUGACUCAUAAUAACCGUUGCUGCUUUGUGGUAAUCUGGAAGUUAGUUAGAAUGUCUGUGUGUGUGUGUGCAUCUCAACGCUGUACAAUCUCACACCUGUCUUGAUAAGAGGUCUGAUAAGAGCUGAUGCCUGUUGUGGAGACUGUAAAUCUGGUAUUCAAUACACUGUACAUUUUUCUCAUUACUAUCUUUUCUGUAUUAAAGCAUAACUCCCUUUGCUUUAGUCAACAUCACACAAAGUUCAAGCAGGUGUCCCAGAUUCUGACGGGCAGAUAGAAAGGCAUUGUUUUGUUUGGAGGAUCCGAAUGUUUACACAAACAGAACAUACAGCCGAUAGAGCAGGAACACAAUAUUCUUUACUCCAAUGCACAACAACACCAACAAACAAGGCAUCAGCCGAGUCAAGGCUUGUUUAUGAAACAGAAAACUAAAACUGUCAUGGUGUGAAGAUUUUGCCCGGCGGCUUUCAGAGGAGGGGCCUGACUGGGAGUGCCUGCUCGUCACUCCCAGCCGAGUCAAGGCUUGUUUAUGAAACCAAAGCUAAAACUGUCAUGGUGUGAAGAUUUUGCCCGGGGGGGGGGGCCUAACUGGGAGUGACUGCUCGUCAUUUCCUGAUUCCAGUGCCAAGAGGCUGGAACUACGCCUGCGCACCAUCGAAGAAGAACCAAGUCUUGACUCCCCUCAUUAUUGACCAAUCCUGUUCUACCUACUGUUGUAAAUAUUAUAACCGCCGUCCUUGCGGGGCGACUCUUGACUGCCCGGUGCUGCUAGAGGGCCGAGGCUUUGCUGUAACUUUUCAUACCUUUUCAUUGCUUCUUAAUAAAUACUUGAUUGAACCAA